GUUGUAGCAAGCCCGCCAUGCCCCUCGGUAACGAAGGAAUCUUGGUCCAGGACCAGACCGAUCUCAAUGAGACGGUGCUGCAGUCUUUCCCCCAUGUUCAUGUGAACCCCAGCAUCAACGACCCCAAUCACGUCCUCUCCGACGAUAGCGAGAAGGCGCCGUCUUACGACUCGGAGAAGAAGGCCGGUAUUCAUGACGACGUGCUUACCGGUGUCGACCUCGCCCACGACGAGAGCGGCGCCGUCCUUUACGACGAGAACGGCCACGAGAAGGUCCUGGAGACCGCUUCCGACUUCGCCCUCGCUCUCUGCUCGCUGGAGGAUGACCCUUCCCUGCCCAUCUACACCUUCCGCAUGUGGUUCGCAGGUCUCGGUCUUGCGGUGUUCGGUGCCGUCCUCGGCAUGCUCUUCCAGUUCCGCCCUCAGGUCAUCUCCGUCUCCGCGCUCUUCCUCCAGCUGCUCGCCUUCAUGAUCGGCAAGUUCCUCGAGUACGUCAUCCCUGGUCCCGGUAGCCGUCUGCACAACGGCAACCGGUUCUGGCGGUUCAUGAACCCGGGUCCCUUCAACAUCAAGGAGCACGUCGGCGCCCAGAUCAUGGCCAACACUGCCGCUGGCGCCGCGUCUGCCUGCUUCGUCUUCGCCUCGGACGACCUGUUCUACGGUAUCACCGUGAACGCGGGUAACGCCAUCUUCACUCUCCUGGCUUCGCAAUUGAUUGGAUACGGCUUCGCUGGGUUGUUCCGGUCCAUGCUCGUCUAUCCCACGUCGAUGAUCUACCCGCAAAACCUGAUCUACGUCAAUUUGUUCGACGCGUUGCACCGUGGCAAGGGCGAGAUGAUGCAGAAGAAGCGCCUGAAGGUUUUCUGGCUCAUCGUAGCCGGCGUGUUCGUCUACGAGUGGUUCCCCGAAUACAUCGCACCGCUCCUCGGCUCUUUCAACAUCGUCUGCCUCGCCGCUCGCCACUCGGAUUGGGUUACUUUCAUCUUCGGUGGCGCCAACGGUAACGAGGGCAUGGGUCUCCUCGGCUUCGGUGUCGACUGGGCCAACAUCGGCUCGUCGCCCUUCUACCUCCCGCUCGCGACCCAGAUCUCGCAGUACGUUGGCUGGGCGAUGAACUACUGGGUCCUCCCGACCGUGUACGCCACCGACACCUGGCACGCGAAGAACUUCCCGUUCAUCUCGCAGAACCUGUUCUUCGAGAACGGCUCGAUCUACGACCAGAACCUGAUCCUCAACCCCGACUUCUCGCUCAACCGUACCGCGUUCGAGAUCUACGGCCAGCCGUGGCAGUCGCCCUCGUCCGUCAUCUACUACCUCGGCAUCUCGCUCUCCAUCGGCGCGACCAUCGUCCACAUCGGGCUCUGGCACGGCAAGGAGAUCUGGGACAACUUCAUGAACACCUUCCGCCGCGCGCCCAUCGACGAUCUUCACUACCAAAAGAUGAAGGUCUACCCCGAAGUUCCGAUGUGGUGGUACGGCGGUGUGACCGUCGGCGCGUUCAUCAUGGCCAUGGUCUGCGCGUACACCGAGAAGUCGCACCUGCCGUGGUGGGCGCUCAUCGUCGCGCUCGUCUUCUCGAUCCUCUGGCUGCCGUUCUACGGCUCGAUGAACGCCAUCACCGGCUUCACGCCCUACGUCACCCAGCUCUUCCAGAUGCUCGGGUCUGCCGUCAUCCCCGGCUCGUCCCAGGCGAACAUGUACUUCGAGCUGUACUCCGGCACCUCGCUCAACCAGGCCGCGCUCAUGCUUUCCGACCUCAAGCUCGGCCAGUACACCAAGAUGCCCCCGCGCGCGACGUACAUCGUCCAGAUGGCGGGUACGAUCGUCGGCGGUCUCCUCAACUACGCGAUCAUGCAGACCGUCAUCAACAACGAGCGCCCCAUCCUGCUCUCGAACGAGGGUACCCGCACCUGGUCCGGCCAGCAGGUCCAGUCCUACAACGCCAACGCCGUCCUCUGGGGCGCGCUCGGCAAGGAGAUCUACGGCCCGAAGGGCCCGUACUUCGUCGUGCCCCUCGGCAUCGUCAUCGGCCUCGCGCUGCCCGUCAUCCCCUGGCUCGUCUGGCGCAAGACCAACUGGAGCUGGCUCAAGCUCGUCAACACCGCCGUGCUCUCCUACAACCUCGGCGAUCUCGCGGGCGGCACCAACGGGUACAUCAACACCUGGAUGGCGAUCGGCCUCACCUCGCACUUUUACCUCCGCAAGUACCACGCGAGCUUCUUCAGGAAGUACAACUACCUGUUCGGCGCGGCCAUCGACGGAGGCGCGCAGAUCUUCGUGUUCAUCUUCUCGUUCUCGGUGGGAGGCGCGGGCGGCGUCAGCCCCGCGUUCCCCGUGUGGGCACUCAACCCUGCGGGCAACUCGGACUACUGCAAGGUUACCGAUAACCAGUCGUAGUGUUUCGCGUUCGAUCUGGUUUGUGUGUAAUAGCUAGAUUAAAUUUUACUGUACGGUUAUACCUCCC